GACAGCCCUCGUGCAGCAGGUAUUAAAGUGCCCCCCGGUCAGAGGGCCCCGGAGACCUGAAACUGCGCAGCGACGUCAUCUCACGGAAUUUCAGCGAGUCGUUAACUCAAGCUAACACGGAUAAAAACACCAUCUGCGGCCUUUUGGAUGAUUUUUUCGGUAAUUUCCAGUUAAUCAAAACAGGUUUUGGCUGGGGAGGUGCGGGGAGAGGUUAACAGAGGGCUAUGCUGUCCAUGAGCUGCGCAGACUCUUGGCCCGAGGGCUCUGUGGGGCUGGAGGAGCAGGUGGUGACAGCUGCUGCUCAGGUCGAAGAUCUGGACGAGAGCUCUUUGGCUUAUAGCAACUGCACCAGCUCAGACAACCUGGAUGAUAGCCUCACCAGCCUCCAGUGGCUGCAGGAGUUCUCUAUCCUCAAUGCUAGUGGAGGGCAACAUGUGUCUACCAGCAGCCAGCACCACAGCCCUUUCUUUGGGCAGCAGCUGGGAGCAGAAGCCCCUGCCUCUCCUCUAGCAGGCGACCCUGCAUCCAUAGGCAUGCCGCUGACCCCAGGUAAGCCCAUUGCGGCGUCCUUUUGCCGGGUGCCCUCCCUGUCGGCUUUGCCCAGCUUGGUGGCACAUGGCCACUGCCCAGACGAGGUAGACUACAAGACCAACCCUCACAUUAAGCCACCUUACUCAUACGCAACCCUGAUCUGCAUGGCCAUGCAAGCAAGCAAGAAAAGCAAAAUCACUCUCUCAUGCAUCUAUAAAUGGAUAACUGACAACUUCUGCUACUUCCGCCAUGCUGACCCCACCUGGCAGAAUUCAAUCCGACACAACCUCUCACUGAACAAGUGCUUCAUUAAGGUUCCGAGGCAGAAAGACGAGCCAGGAAAGGGAGGUUUCUGGAAGAUCGACCCCCAGUAUGCUGAGCGUCUACUCAGUGGGGCCUAUAAGAAGCGGAGGACACCUCCGGUACAGAUUAACCCAGCUCUUCAAAACCACCUCAGGAUGAACUCACAACCAACUGUGCCAACAAGUGUCCCAGGAGGACUCUGUGUUAGCGCUGAGUCCCAGCAGCUCCUGAAAGAGUUUGAGGAAGCCACUGGUGUUGACCAGAACUGGGACCCUCGUCUUGCCGAAGCCACAAUGUUUGGUUGCUGGGGCCCUGCAAAGGGCCACAAAAGAAAACAGCCAUAUGGGCAUAGAACUGGUGGUCCCAAAGCCUUGCGCCGCUCUAGCUCGCCAUUUCUGGCCAUAGAGGAACCAAAGGAUCUAGACUCCCUCAAGAGCAACUUUGACUGGGAUGCCCUGCUCGAUUCAGCACUGAAUGGGGAGUUGAGCCUGAAUGAAGGUGGCCCACUGAGUCCAAUCACAAGAGAAGAGGACCUCACCAUACAUGGCAUUCAUAUCAGCCCCCUUGAGGCCACCAAUGGCACUGCAGAGAGCAGUGUGCUGAUAGAAACGCAAAGAAGCAGCGAUGUAGACUUCGACGAGGAAACAUUCUUAGCCACAGAAUUUCUUCAGAGUCCAUGGACAGAGGAUGACGCAGUGAAUCGUCCAGACUUCCUCUCCAGUUCCACCAUUAGCCUUGAUCAGUUGUUUGAUCUCGGAGACUCACUUGACAUUAACUGUAAGAUUGAGUCUCUUCUGUAAAGAGUGGCUCUUGUCGAACCAUUCCCAGGAAAUGUUUUCAUGGACAGAGAGGGUUAAAUAAUGGUUUAUCCCAAAGAACUUUGGUUUCAUCUCAAAGAUAGCAUUUUAAAUAUGUGUCUGUUUCUUACUUUGAUUUUUAUGAUUAUGUUUUUUAUAUUUGGCACACCAAGUUGCCUACUUUUAUUAAACUAAGCACCACUGAUCAAAGGCCACUAGACAAUGACCAGCCAUGGAAUUACAAAUGAAGACAGCACAGGUAGAAAACGAGAAACAGGAUUGUGUUCGUUCACAGCUUGGAUGCUCAUGUUAUAAUUGCAUUUAAAGAUCCAGCAAUAAACAAACUUCUUAACAUUCUUAACAAGACUGACAGAAAACAAGAUUAAAUGUACAUGUCUAAUGUUUUAUUGUAAUUUUAUCACAAAACUAAAUAUGCAAAUAAACAUGCAUCACAAAUAUAGUGCUGAAUUGCUAUUACUAUACAUAUGUAUGUACUACAAUAUAGAAUGAACCUUCAGUAGUAGGGGCUUCUGGUAAGUGUUCUGAAUGUAUCCAGUUUUCAUAGUAUUGUAAAGUGGGUCUCUAGCAUCAUAUACUUACUUUUGUGCUACAUUGUUUUUAGGAGACUUGUCCAUGUUAACCUAUUUGAAGAAUAACUAAUAUCAGUAACAUUCCCUGUGUUUCUAAUAAGAGGAUUCAUACAAACCAGUUCUUAUAGCUAUAGUGGAUGAACUGUUUUUUGUUUUUUCGUUUAUGCUCUUAAUUCCACUAUACUGAUAAACUUGUUGUAGUAGUGCUGUUGUACAUACACAAUGGAUUCAAGAAUCCUAGAAUGUGAUUUUGUGAAGAGGGAAUAAUUACCUUAUACUGUGUAAAACUAAGUGGCAAAAUGUCCUGUCCCAAUUCAAAAGCUGUCUGGCUCCAGUUCUUCUUUGCUUACUUUGCUGUGUAAUUGUACUGUGAGUACUAUCAGAGUCUACAAAGUGAUUUCAUCAACCACUUUUAGGUUUUUAGCAUUUAGAGGUGCAUACCAAUGUUCAGGAAAUAUAUCUUACACUGAAAGAUAAAUAGGAGCUUGAACUACUAAUAAAUCAAUAUUUGGUUAGUCAAGAUAUGAGCUGGUCAUGUAACCUGAGUGAACGGUGGCAGACAUACAGGAGCAGUUUGCCAAACUGCGAUUAAACCUAGUCUUGAAGUACACAGCAAUUUAAGUUAUGAUUUUCAUUUGUAAGGGAAAACUAGUUUUCAACUAGGUUUAGUCCCUGCCUGAGAAACCAAUCCAUAUUGCUAUUGUCACAUAAAAAGAUGGAAUCUUUUUUCACUCUUUUGAAUUUGAAUCUGGAAUUUAUCUGGAAUUAUUUUUCUUGUAACUAUUUACACUAGUACCAGUUUGGCCAUUCUUUGUGGAUCUCUCUUAUCAUAUACUGUAUAGAAGGUGAGGUGGGCUCACUCAACAUUUUGACCUCACUAAACCUCAGGCAAUUAAAUCCUCAUCAGUGCUUCAAAAUCCAGUGUCUUCAUAUAAAUAAAGCAUCAUGUUUCAAAACUGUUUUGUAAAUGGUCAAGCGAGUAUCACACUUUGUCUACCAAUUAAGAUAAUCAGAGCUCUACAAGGUUUUUGGGAAACCGUAUCCAGGAUGGUCGCGUCUGAUUACCAGGUAAACAGAUACUGAGAUUUAAAAUGAACAUUUACACAUUCCAUGGGUUGUUUUUACAGAAUUUCUGUAUUAAUAUCCAGUUACUAAUAAGUAAGUUAAUGUGAUUUGGGACCUGCUUAUAGGACUAUAGCAGGAACAACAAAAAAUGUUUUUUUAAAGGACCAUACUGGUCUAUGGUAGAGAAGUCUACCAACACUUCUUUCCAGUCUUAGUGAGAGGACCCUGAUGUCUACAAUGCUAAUGCAGCCAUUUUAUUUAAUAUCCAAAACCAUUAGUAGCCGUUCACUGCUUUUAUAAAAUGUCAAUGAAAUACAAUAUAAAUUGUAAACUUUUAUUUCAAAUGAUUCAGUAGAUGUGGAUAGGUCUGAUUCAAUCUUAACCUUCCUCCAGUUGACAUUGGAGUCCUUCUGAGUAGUCUUUAGGGGUCUUGGUGGUCUCCCUCACUAGUCUCCUUUUUGUUUGGUCACUCAGUUUGUGAGGUCGGCUGCUCUUGGCAAAUUCACACAUGUGCCAUAUUCCUUUUAUUUCAGGAGAUGUUAAGUGACAUGGACUUUUGCAUCAACUUCCACAGAGUGUUCUUUUGACUUCCUGGUAUAUUCAUAGCCAUGAAUACUGACUAUCCAGUGACUGGAGCUUUCAGACAGGUGCAAAAUUAUAUUGCUAAAAUAUUGGUACAUCAGGGAAAUUUUUUUUUUUCUUUUAAAACACUGUAUAUGUUGUAUAAGGGAAUAAAAAAUAUUCUUUGUGCUUCUUAAAACUAUCACAAAACUAUAUAUAUCUGCAUGAUUUACUGUGGUAUCGAGGUCGGUGUCAGUAACUUACCUUUGGCACUCUUCUUGAAUCAGCAUAGUUCUGUCAUUCUGAAUUUGAUGAUGUCAUUGUUUGUCAGAGAGUGACGCAAAAGUCUACUUCAGGCAGUUUCUGGCAGUCCACACUAUCAGAAUCAAUCCGAAUUUGAGUCGGAGGUCUGAUCAUGGCCUUAAUAGAUUCUGACUAGUUAUCAUUAGUAUUUCUGUUAACAAUUCUGAUAGUAAGCUUCUUUAUGAUGAGUAUUUUAGUAAUCUUUUAAUAGACAGAAUAUUACACAUGGUUUUCAUGCUGUUAAAGCAAUAUCCACUGUGUCUUGUGAGUGCUCUGGCUGUAAUCUCUUUUCCUCUCUGUGUGUCUGCGCGUGAUUCUGUCUAGGCAGUGCUUUUAUUAUGCUGGGAAUCGUGUGUGAGUGAUUUACACAAGCUUGUUUUAGCUUGUCCUCUUAGGUGACUGUUUCUACUGGCUGUAAGUAGGGAGGCUGUGAGUGCUUUGUCUGUGUUCAGUCAAAUUCUUGCACCCCCUGGAGCUGCAGUCAGUCAUCCCCUCAGUGGGGCCAUGUGGGGUCUGAUGGGGACGAGCAUCCCACGCCCUCAUAUAUCACUGCGUUUCUACACCACACUAGCUCUGUCAAGUUGAGAAGGGAUUGGGGGUUUGGGUGAAGAGCAAUUGGCCUAAUGGAUCUACUCAUGCAUACAUGCAGUUUGUACCUCAUAAAAUGGUAUUUUGACAUUGUUGAACAGCAUGUUGUUAGCAUAUGCGAGUGACCCCCAACACCAUUCUCACUGCAACAGCACAAUGCUCUGAAUUAUUAGGAUUCCAAAGUUCAGGGCUCAGGGGGAAAGAUAUAUAUUUCAAACACUUCUUAUACAAUAUUGAAACUAAAUGCAUUUACUCAGUUACCUGUCGGAUGUGUUUUUGCCCUAUAAAUUGCUCAAACUAUUCAAGAAAAGGAACAUUUGUCUUGCUGAUAUGCUGAGCUGUGCUUUUUUUUUAAACACCCAGUCAAACUGUAAAGCAAUGCACCCUCAAAUACUCAGAAUUAUGCACAAACAAAAAGCCAUUUUACUUGUUAAAACAUUUAGGUUUUACUUAACAUGCAUGUGUUAAAAAUUAAAUACUUACGCAUUAAAACUAAAGUAAGACUCAAUGUAGAACCUAUUACUCUGUAUGAUUCUACUUGUGUUUAAUAAAAAUAGAAUACUGAAUGCUA